AUGAAAAUAAGAAGAAUAGUGCUCUUCAAUUUCAAAAGUUUCACAGACGAAAUAUCGAUGGAAAAUGUCUCGCAGGGCGCAAACAUCCUUAUAGGGAAAAACGGAGCAGGGAAGUCAAGCAUCCUCGGGGCGAUUAAGUUCGUAAUUGAUGCGCACCAGCGCAUUGGUCCUGUGGAGAGGAGAGUGUUUGUCAACGAGAACAGCAAAGAGCUGAAGGCGUACGUGGAGAUAGAGUUUGAGAAUGCAGACAAAGCCUUCCCUGCAGGAGACACAGUGGUGAUUCGCAGAACAAUCACACAGAAGUCAGACGAGUACACGGUGAACGAGCGAGCUGUGUCGCGCGAAGAGAUGAGCUCGCUCUACGAAACAGCGGGCAUCUCCAAAAGCAUGCCGUACUUCGUGGUGGAGCAGGGGAAGAUAGGAGAGCUAGCGCAGAUGAACGGGAAUGCGCGCAUGGAGCUAAUUCGGGAGCUAGCGGGGUCAGCGGUGUACGAAAAAGACAAAGAAGAAAUACAGAGAGUGCUGCAGGAGUCAGAGAGCAUAGAACAAAGAAUUGCAGAUUUAGUGAAGACAAUUGAGAAAAGAGUGGCAGCAAUAGAGCAGGAGAGACAGCGCAGCGAGAGAAAGAAGGAGGUGGAGGAGUCGAAGGAAAUACUCGUGCGAGAGCUGUACAAACGAGAGCUGCACAAAAUACGCGUAAAGCUAGAAGACUUAUUCACUGAAGAGAUGAGCCAAAUAGAGAGCACGCAGGACAUAACAGAGGACGCACUGCGAAUUCAUCUGGAGGAAAUUCUAUCAGCAAUGCACGCUCUACCAGCAGAUACUGCAGAUCUUGACUUGGAGACAGUACCUGAGAGAAUCCAAGAAAUAUCUGAAAAAAUAGACAGCAUGGGCGAAGCCCUGAAAGAAAAAGAGAAAAAAAGAAGUGUACUGAAGAGAGAGAUCAAGAGCCUUGAAAGACUCGAAAGCAGCAGCAAAGCCAUACGCCCGGAGAUAAAUAUACUGCGAAUGCGAGGAGAAGAUGCUGUGAAAAAGAAGCUGGACGGGCUGAAAAGGAUGAAAACAGAGGAAGGAUUUGCACAGAGCUCAAAAAACAGGGAGGACCUACUCGAAAGCAAACGAGCCAUUUGGAAGAAGGAAAAAGAGCACAGCAAAAGAAGAAAAUCCCUGGAAGCAGAAAUGAAAGAUGCUGAAAGAGUUUUUCUUUCAACACAGAAGGUUUUCUCCCUGGGUGAUGAAAUUCGGUCACUAAAGGGAGUUGUUGGGUAUGUCUAUGAUAUUAUAACCAUGCCCAAAGAGAUUCUUGCAGCGGUAUCAAGCGCUCUUCCAAACUUUCUGGUGACUAUUGUUACUGAAACUGCAGAGGAUGCAAUUAAUCUUGUGCGCGCGCACCGCAUAGAACAGCCGGUUAUAUCGAUACCGCAAAAGAGCUCACUAGUUAGACACUCGCCUGUUCCGCUUACGUCCCUUGCGCAGUACAUUUCCUCGUCUGAGAAACACGCAUCUCUUGUCGACAGGCUCUUUGGCCGGAUAUACUUCGUGUCUGACUUUGAAACAGCAAAAACUGUCUCACGGCAGCACAGAGUGGCAGUGAUAACCGCAGCAGGGGAGUACUUUGGGAGCGUAGGAACAGUCACAGGAGGUGAGGAUAAAUCGUCCUAUUUAUUCAGAUCUUAUGUGGCAGCAAAGGAAAAGUACAGAGAAAGCAUAGAAGAAGAGAAGAUAAUCCAGGAAGAAAAAAAAAGAGUGGAAUUGGAGUAUGAGAAAGCCUCCACAGAAACUGCACUCAGUGCGCCUGGGUACAUAGAAGACGCAAUCUUUCUCCUGGAAAAUGAAGGGUUUGAUGCAGACAUGGAAAUACUGCACAAAAAAACAGAAUUGGAAAAGAUCUCACUAAAUGCGAUGGAAAAUGAGAUGGAGAAGUGUGUGCGCCUUAGAGAAACCUUUAGAAAUGCCAUAGCAAGAAAAGACCUUGAGGCGCAGGCGCAGGCAAUAGAACAAAAGCUGCAAAAGUGUGCAGGCUCACCGCAGUGGAGAGAGAAAAUAUCAGAGAAAGUCAGACUGGAGAGUAAAUUCCGAAGAAUACAAAAAAGGAUACUUUCUUUAGACGUAGAGAGCAGAGAAGAGAUAGUGGUGAAUGACACAAAAAUAAGCCUCCAAGACGCUCCAAAAGAAACCUUAGUGCAGGCGCUGUCUCUUCUGAAGAAAGAGCUGCUGGAAGCGAUAUCUCCAUCAGAGACCUCUGAGCAGAUUCUGGAUGACUACAACAAAACUGUAAAAAAAUUGAACGAGCUCUCUGCAGCAAAAAAGAAGAUACUUGAGAUGCAGAGCCAGCUGGAGCUUAAAAAAGAACAGGUUAUUAGCAUAACCAUCUCCCAGGUUAAGUCAAACUUUGAAUAUUUCUUCAGAAAACUAACAAAAGGCACCGCACAGAUGACUGUGGCAAAUACGUCUGCUCUGGAGAUAGAUGUUUCAUUUGCAGGGGAGAAAAUGGUGCGCUCAGAUGAGCUGAGCGGCGGACAGAAAACCGUGAUAGCACUGUGCAUGAUUUUAUCUGUGCAGAAAAUAUACGAAGCCCCGUUCUAUCUAAUGGACGAGUUUGAUGCUAACUUGGACACGCAGGUGCUGAUGAGCAUCAUUGAAAGCCGAGUCUUUGACAAGAGACAGCUAUUUUUCUGCACAUUCAGAGGAGAAACCCUGGGACUUGGCGAACAGUUCUUCUGCAUAAAAGACUCCAAGGUAUUUGAGACCUCGUUAGCCUCUGCCCAAGAAGAUCUAUGCUCGUUUCUUCCGUAG